AUGGCCGCCCCACCGCCUCACACCCCGCCGGCGGCGGCUCCCCAGCCCCUCCUCCUCCUCCACCACCACCCGCCAGCACUGGUCCUCCGCGUCCGCCUCCGACCCCGCAGCCUCCGCCUCGCGAGGGCGCCCGCGCCCGCGGCCACGGCCACGGCGGCAGCCGCGGCCUCCGUCGCCCCCGAUGACAUCUCGCAGCUCAACCACCGCCUCCGCGCCAUCGCCCGCCGCCGCGAAGCCGCCUCCGCCGCCGCCUCCCCGUCCUCCUCCUCCCCCGUCGACCCGGCCCAGGCCGAGGCGUACCUCCGCCUGAUCCGCGACCAGCAGCGGCUCGGCCUGCGCCAGCUCCGCCGGGAGGAAGCCGAGGGCGACGACGGCGGCGGGGAGCGGGCGAGGAAGGGGGUGGCGGCGGGGAGCUCGCUGGGGCAUCGGGUGGACCCGCGGGAGCUGGAGCCCGGCGAGUACGUCGUGCACAAGAAGGUCGGCGUCGGGAAAUUCGCCUGCAUCAGCGCCGAGGACGGCGUCGACUACGUCUUCAUUCAGUACGCCGACGGCAUGGCCAAGCUCGCCGUCGACCAGGCCGCGCGCAUGCUCUACAGAUACAACCUGCCUCACGAGAAGACGAGGCCACGGAAUUUGAGCAAACUGAACGAUCCUUCCACCUGGGAGAGGCGGAGGCUGAAAGGGAAGCUUGCUGUUCAGAAGAUGGUUGUCAACCUGAUGGAACUGUAUUUGCAAAGGAUGAGGCUGGGAAGACCUCCGUACCCAAAGCCGGCAUCCAUGGAUGACUUUGCUGCUGAAUUCCCUUAUGAGCCUACUCCGGACCAAUGCCAGGCCUUUAUAGAUGUUGAGAAAGAUCUGACAGAAAGGGAAACACCAAUGGAUAGAUUAAUCUGUGGAGAUGUGGGCUUUGGCAAAACAGAAGUCGCAAUGCGCGGUAUAUUCAUUGUUGUGUCUGCAGGAUUUCAAGCUAUGGUUCUAGCUCCAACAAUAAUACUUGCCAAGCAACAUUAUGAUGUAAUGACUGAGCGUUUUGCGAACUAUCCAGAGAUAAAGGUCGCCAUAUUUAGUGGUGCUCAGAGCAAAGAGGAGAAAGAUGAGCUAAUAACAAAUAUUAAGAAUGGAGAUUUGCACAUCAUUGUUGGCACUCAUGCUCUUCUUACGGAAAGGAUGGCCUAUAGCAAUCUUGGUCUCCUAGUGGUGGAUGAAGAACAAAAGUUUGGUGUUCAACAAAAGGAGAAGAUUGCCUCAUACAAGUCUUCUAUUGAUGUUCUUACACUUUCUGCAACACCCAUUCCACGUACGCUGUAUCUGGCUUUGACUGGUUUCCGUGAUGCAAGUUUGAUGUCUACACCACCUCCUGAAAGAGUUGCUGUAAAGACAUAUGUGUCAGCAUUUAGUAAAGAAAGGGCCCUAUCAGCUAUCAAGUUUGAGCUGCAACGUGGUGGUCAAGUCUUUUAUGUUGUGCCUCGAAUAAAAGCAAUAGACGAUGUGUUGCAGUUUCUCAAGGACUCUCUGCCUGAUGUACCAAUUGCUGUUGCUCAUGGAAAGAAAAUGUCAAAGAACAUACAACUUGCUAUGGAGGAUUUUGCUAGCGGGGAAGUCAAAAUUCUUGUCUGCACACAUAUCAUUGAAAGUGGAAUAGAUAUUGCAAAUGCCAAUACAAUGAUUGUCCAGUUUGCUGAACUAUAUGGACUUGCCCAGCUGUAUCAGUUACGAGGAAGAGUAGGAAGAUCGGGUAGAGAAGGCUUCGCAUACCUUUUCUACACUGAUAAGUCUUUGCUCUCGAGAGUUGCAACGGAUAGACUUGGAGCUAUUGAGGAGCAUUCAGAGCUUGGCCAAGGUUUCCAUGUUGCAGAGAAGGAUAUGGGUAUCAGGGGAUUUGGAAGCUUGUUUGGUGAUCAACAGUCUGGAGAUGUUGCAAAUGUUGGCAUUGAUCUAUUCUUUGAUAUGCUUUUUGAUAGCUUGUCAAAGGUUGAUCAGUUUUGCCUCGUUCCCGUUUCGUACAAAGAUGUUCAGCUGGAUAUAAACAUUUCUCCACGUCUCCCCUCUGAAUACAUAAGUUAUCUGGAAAAUCCUGUUGAGUUGCUCAAUGAAGCGGCAAAAGCUGCAGAGAAAGACCUAUGGACCUUGAUACAGUUUACAGAAGACCUCCGUCGACGAUACGGAAAGGAGCCCCGUGAUAUGGAGUUACUACUGAAAAAGCUCUAUGUAAGACGGAUGGCUGCAGAUCUUGGUAUCAGUCGGAUAUAUCCAUCUGGCAAGAUGAUAUUCAUGAAAACAAACAUGAACAAGAAGGUAUUUAGGCUCAUGACAGAAGCAAUGACUUCUGAAACACAUCGGAAUUCCCUAUCAUUUGCUGGAAAGGAAAUUAAGGCUGAACUCCUCGUGAGCUUGCCAGAUACCCUACUUCUGAACUGGCUUUUCCAUUGCUUAUCAGACUGCUAUACUGUAAUACCAGCCCUUGUGAAGUACUAG